GUGUGUGUGUGUGUGUGUAGUCUGUUAUGGCAUGUCCUUUUCUCCUCAGCUCAGCAGAAAGGGGAAUCUAACUGUAGCUCUUUCAUACUUCACUGCAGGACUCCAGCAGUUUGACUUGCAAAGCAACAAUGCAGCCUACUCCAUGAGCUCCACUCACACUUGCCUGGAGAACUGACAACAGCUUAUCCACAUUGUAGCACUUUGCCCCUCCUUUAUACACUUAAGGAUUCGUUUGUUUUGCUUAAGGGACAGGAGGAGCAUGUGUCAGCGCCUGCUGCAGAGCUCCAAAGUGACUGAAAGUGGGUUACAAAAGAUGGCUUCACAUGGUUCCUGGUUCUUUGAAGAUUCAGCCUACAUGAAUAAAACCAAGCUAUAUAUCUCAGUAUGAAGGCGGUCUUGACUGCAAAAGAGCAGCAGUGAGGCUGAGGUUGUGAAGCGUGAGCAGAUUUCCAGUAUUUUUCACAGUGUGACUGAGAGACUAAGAAUGACCAUGUGCUGUAGCAGAAGAGCUAAGGACAUGUUGUUUCUAGUUAUCUUGUCUUUCUGGGGUCCAGUUGUAUUGACUUUAGGCCAGGUUUGGCCUUUGUUCAGCACACCUCGGAAAACAAUUUCCCUGAGCAGAAACAGAGGAUACAUUUUUCAGGAGGAAGGAGUGUGGAACUACUCCACCAUGCUCCUUGUGGAAGACAUGGGUGUACUCAUCCUUGGGGCUCGAGAGACCAUCUUUGCCUUGAACCUCACCAACAUUACCCACAAGAAGGAUAUGUUAAAGUGGGAGGUGACUCCAGAUAUGCAGAACCUUUGUUCAAACAAAGGGAAAGAUUUGCAGACUGAUUGUUGGAACUACAUCCGGAUCAUUCAUAAAUGGACAGAUGGAAUGUUGUAUGUGUGUGGUACCAAUGCUUUCAGUCCAGCCUGUAAAAAUAUGUCUUAUACAGACAAAAAGCUCACUCUGGAAAAUGAAACACAUGAUGGGAAGGGAAAGUGUCCAUUUGAUCCCUUUCAAAGAUAUGCCUCUGAACUUGUCGAUGAUGAGCUGUACACUGCUACAUCUAUAAAUUUUCUGGGCACAGACAUGGUUAUGACGCGAAAUUCUGACAAUAUAAAAACUGAUUUCCCUUACUGGUUCAACGAGCCCAAGUUCAUUGGCAUGAAACAUGUGACUAAAGGAAUGGAAAACCCAGAGGGGGAUGAUGAUGAGAUUUACCUCUUCUUUAGUGAAAAAGCUGUGGAGUACGACUCCUAUGUUAAGUUGGAUGUGUCAAGGGUUGCCCGUGUCUGUAAGGGGGAUGUGGGAGGACUGCGGACAUUGCAAAAGAGGUGGACAUCAUUCCAAAAGGCUCAACUGGACUGUCCUGUACCUCACACCAAAGUGCCUUUACUUAUAAAAGAUGUAUUCCUCUUCUGCCCAGGCAACUGGACUACCUGUGUGUUCUACGGAGUUUUUUCUCCUCAGACGGACAUGUUGCAGUACUCUGCAGUGUGCGCCUUCAGGAUACAAGACAUCCGGAAAGUGUUCUCUGAAGGCAAAUUCAAAACUCUGUACAAUGACAAUUCCAUUACGAAAUGGGUGACGUACAAUGAAGAGGUGCCUGAUCCCCGUCCCGGAGCUUGUAUUAACAAUGAUGCAAAGCAGAAAGGGUUUUCCAAGUCUUUGGAUCUGCCUGAUAAAACUCUUCAGUUUAUUAAAGACAGGCCGCUAAUGGAUCAGGCAGUGAAGCCAGCUUCUGAGCAGCCCCUACUGGUGAAAAAAGGAGCUGCGUUUACAAGUAUAGUAGUGGCCAACACUACUGCUUUGAAUGGGACCAGCCAUCAGGUCAUGUUUAUUGGCACAGCAAGUGGUUCAGUGCUGAAAGCAGUCAACUAUGACGGGGAGAUGGUCAUAAUAGAGGAGGUGCAGCUCUUUAACUAUAAUGAGCCAGUAAAGAUACUGCGCCUCUCCACCACCAUGGGUCUGCUGUAUGCUGGUUCAGAGGAGGCUGCAGCACAGAUGCCGUUUUGUGCGUGUAGCAAGUACACUUCCUGUACUGACUGUGUGCUGGCCAGAGACCCCUACUGUGGCUGGGACCUUGUCAAUAAAAGCUGCAUUGCUAUAAACAGCAUUCAUUCUGAUGGACACAGUGAGGUGGUUCAGAGUCUGAAAGAUGGAAAUGCUACAAGUUGUCCUGCAGUUGAGAACACAGAGAUCAUUAAGAUCUUCUUCCCGGGUCAAAUGGUCAGUCUGCCAUGCCAGCUGGGAUCAAACCUGGCCCGAGUGCAGUGGCAUUUAAAUGAUCAACCAAUUGAAAAUGACCAAAAGUACAGCUUCCAACAUGACAGCUUGCUCAUCCUUGAUGCUUUGGACACUGACAGCGGUAAAUACACCUGCAUCUCUGUAGAGUCCUCCAAUGGUCAAGACUAUACCAUCCAAACUAUUACGUAUGAGUUGAAGCUGGGAAACUUUGUAGGUACUUUGGCCCAGCUGCAAAUACAGGAAAAGCAGAACACCCUCUUGGCCCUGGUCAUUGUUCUAACUAUGAUAUUACUGGCGCUUGUUAUAUGGAACUUCUACAAAGGACAUUUUAGUGUCCCAAAAUGCUUCAGUAAAUCUCAAGAAGGACCAGAGAGUACGAGAAACUUCCAGCAGCCACUGAAAAUGAAAGACAGAAAUAAGACAUCAUCAAGCAGCAACAGUAAUAAUAAUCAUAACAGAAUGAGUGAAUUACCCAGCGCUGGAAACCAGCAUAAUGGAGACAAAGUGUUCUAAUGAAGUCUGAUAUUUAUAUACCUUAUCUUACCACAAUCCAUAUUUCUGUUUUGUUGUAGAUUGUUCUACACAGUAGGUAAAAUUUACACAUAUUAAGAAUAAAAAUAUUCAUUUGCAUCACUUAAAACAUCAUUUAUCUACAGUUGUGAAGGUGUCACUGCACAUGUCUUAUCAGAAAUCAAACAUCAACUGUCCAGAUCUCACACACUGCUUUUAAAAUGUAUGCUGUUUAAACUUGGAGCUCAUUCAGCUAAAUGUUUACACCUUUCUUAUUGCUCAUUGUAUAUAACUUCAUUCUAAUAUUUUGUGAAGAAUUGAUUUGUUUUAAGAUUUAAAUAAACUUUGAAUUUGUAAAGCC